GAUUCAGAAACGCCAUUGCAGUUGGACGUCGACGAUGAGCAAGCUGUUGAGUGUUUAUUGCUCAUUAUUCGUUACUACCGGUUUAGUAUCCAUUGGACAAACCGCUAAUAUAAAUAUCCCAGUAUCUACAGCUGUGCCUACCACUGAUUCCGGAACUCCGAUUUAUUCCUUAAAGAACAAGGAUGGGAAAAUCUGCUUUAAGGCUGCUUUCGACUCGGAAGUUCAUGUGAGGUUUAAGCCUGAUAAUACUACCAAGGAAAAGACCGUAGUAGUCAAAGUACCAGCUGAUGCGAGCGCAACCGGUAAAUGUGACGAAUAUAAUUCUGCUUUGACUCUAAAAUGGUCCAAAUAUUCUUUAAAAUUUUCAUUUCAAAAAAAGGCUGCUAAUUUAACAACAAAAAAGCACAAAGCAACGCAAUUAUACUAUUCUAAUGGAGUAAAUUUUACUAUAAAUACUACAAAUAAUUCUGAUUUCCCAGACUUACGUGACGAAGGUACAAAGACUUUAGAGAAGAAAACGAAACAAGUAGGGUUCAUAGUAUCACCCUCUAAUCAAUCAUACAGCUGCGUAAUACUGCAAAAAUAUACAUUGAAGUUACCGUAUUUAUAUAAAAAAACCAGUCAGUUUAAAAAUGCUAAGCUUCAUUUGAAAAAUGUACGAUUUCAACCGUUCAACGUACCGGAGAGUGGCAAAUUCUUAAAAAGUCACGACUGUCCAGCGGACGUCGCCAAUAAACAAGCAAAACAGAAUAUUGUACCUCUGGUUGUUGCCUCUUCCCUUGGAAUUUUCAUCAUCAUAAUUAUUUUUGCUUAUUUUAUUAGUAAAACACUUAAUAAACCGGGUUAUAAGGCAGUUGAUUGAUAAGGAAUGAAAUAUGUUUCCAUUUCUUUUAUUAUUGGUUAACAUUAAAAUUGAUGACUCUGCUGUUUUCGUGAUUGCAUUUUAUCUUAGAUUGAUGAUUGUCAGUUUGAUCACAUUAUAAAAAUCGCACAUUGUUGUUGUUACUUAUAAAAUUUUUUUUUUAAUUCAUUCAUUCUAAAGAAUAUGUAUUCUUAACGUCGUCAAGAACGAAUAUAAAGAUAUAUCCCUCAUUUCCUUAUGCAAAUUAGUUUUCAAACUACAUUAAAAAACGUAUUCAACAUAUAGGUUAUAUACAUUCAUAUACAGCAUAAAAUAUAACAUUCUGGGUAUACAUUAGAGAUAGAAUAGAUAACGUACAAACAAGUGCAAAUAUCAAAAAGGCACCAAAUUGAAAACAGAACGAAAAAAGUUGACAUGAUGUUUUAAUAAUAAAAAAACGAAGACGGAUUAUUUUGUAUACCUGUACAAUUUCUAAUGAUGAGUAUAUGUAUGCACAUAUAUACUAAAAGUAUAUAUAUAUAUAUAUAUAUAUAUAUAUA